ACAAGCAAGCAAGCGUCGUGCGUUCCACUCUGUUCCAUUGCAGGAACCACGAGCUUCUUCCAUCUGUCACUCUCUCUCCUCGCCGCGAACGCGGCGGAGAUCUCCCACUUAAUCUCUCUACAUACGCGGAAAACCUGUGCCGCACUGUCCGCACGUUGCUCUCACUAUGAUCUCGUCCAUCCUACGCCAUUUCAUGAGGCGAGGUCUGGGAGUUUUUGCGAGGAGGAGAGGAGGAGAGAGAGAGAUAAGUAUUGCGAUGGAGAGGAAUGGCGAAAUGGAGGACAAAUCCGGCGUCGGCGGUGGCGUUGAGGACGCUUACGGCGAGGAUAGCGCCACGGAGGAGCAGCUUAUCACCCCCUGGACUAUUUCCGUUGCUAGUGGGUAUACUUUAUUGAGAGAUCCAAACCACAACAAAGGGCUUGCCUUCUCUGAGAAAGAGAGAGAUGCCCAUUACUUGCGCGGCCUUCUACCACCACAGAUUUCAAGUCAGGAGCUUCAGGAGAGGAAAAUGAUGCACAAUAUCCGCCAAUAUGAAGUUCCACUGCAUAAAUACAUAGCAAUGGUUGAUCUUCAAGAGAGAAACGCGAGGCUUUUCUACAAGCUUCUCAUCGACAAUGUGGAAGAACUGCUCCCGGUUGUCUACACCCCAACUGUUGGUGAGGCUUGCCAGAAAUACGGGAGCAUUUUCAAGCGUCCUCAGGGGCUUUUCAUCAGUUUGAAAGACAAAGGGAGGAUUCUUGAAGUGCUGAAAAACUGGCCCGAGAAGAACAUUCAAGUUAUCGUUGUAACUGAUGGUGAGCGAAUUUUGGGACUCGGAGAUCUUGGGUGCCAGGGAAUGGGGAUCCCUGUUGGCAAACUCUCUCUCUAUACAGCACUUGGGGGAGUUCGUCCUUCAGCGUGUUUGCCUAUAACCAUUGAUGUUGGCACCAAUAAUGAGAAGCUGCUGAACGAUGAGUUCUACAUUGGGCUCCGGCAGAGGAGAGCAACUGGGCAGGAAUAUGCUGAGCUUUUGAACGAGUUCAUGAGUGCAGUUAAGCAGAACUACGGAGAGAAAGUCCUUGUACAGUUUGAAGAUUUUGCAAACCACAACGCAUUUGUGCUGCUGGAGAAAUACCGCAAAACUCAUCUUGUGUUUAAUGAUGAUAUUCAGGGUACGGCUUCUGUGGUGCUUGCAGGUCUCAUUGCAGCUCAGAAAUUACUUGAUGGAACCUUAGCUGACCAUACAUUUCUAUUCUUGGGUGCUGGAGAGGCUGGGACUGGUAUAGCAGAGCUUAUAGCCCUCCAGAUAUCGAAAGAGACAAACGCUCCAGUAGAAGAGGCGCGCAAAAAGAUUUGGCUAGUUGACUCAAAGGGCCUGGUAGUUAGUUCCCGUAUGAAGUCCCUUCAGCAUUUCAAGCAGCCUUGGGCUCAUAAGCAUGAGCCAGUUACCAGCCUGUUAGAUUCUGUGAUGGCAAUCAAGCCAACGGUAUUGAUAGGAACAUCAGGAGUUGGGAAAACAUUUACAAAAGAGGUUAUUGAGACCAUGGCUUCCCUCAAUGAGAAACCUCUCAUUCUUGCUCUCUCCAACCCAACCUCACAGUCCGAGUGCACAGCUGAAGAGGCUUAUACAUGGAGUGGGGGUCGAGCAGUCUUUGCCAGUGGAAGCCCAUUUGACCCCGUUGAAUGCACAGGGAAAGUUUUCGUGCCUGGCCAGGCAAACAAUGCAUACAUUUUCCCGGGAUUUGGUUUGGGCGUGAUCAUGUCUGGCACAAUUCGAGUGCAUGAUGACUUACUUCUAGCAGCCUCGGAAGCUCUGGCAUCUCAAGUUACUGACGAGAACUACGAAAAGGGACUAAUCUACCCACCAUUCUCUAAUAUCAGAAAGAUAUCAGCUCAGAUUGCUGCUAAAGUAGCAGCAAAGUCAUAUGAACUUGGUCUGGCUUCUCGUCUUCCUCGCCCCAAGGAUCUUGUCAAGCAUGCAGAGAGCUGUAUGUACAGCCCGAUCUAUCGCCACUACCUCUAAGAGUUGGGCAAAUUCAUACAACCUGCAGGCCUCUAAGUCUUUGUUGCAAGAUUAUUCACAGCCCCCUUCUUCCAAUUUUCGUUCCCCUAACCGCAUACUGGUUUUGGUGGAUUAGGAUCCUUGUAUUGCAUCCAGUUCUGAUAUAGCAUGUUGUAAUUUUUUACGGACUAACUUCUUCAGUUAAGGUUUUCUCACAUUACAAUGGAAAGUAAGAAAAAUAAAUAACCACAAGUUGCAUUGUUAAUCUUUCA